AUUACCCCACCCGUCACCCGAUUCGGUUUCGCCGUGCUUUGACGUUUGUGGCACCCGGAAAUAAAGGCAGCGAGUGUGAAGCGGCGCAUUUGUUCUCCUCUCUCACUGCCAGACAAACCAGUCUAGACGGAAAACAUGGAUUCAAACACGACUAUUUUGAGAGUCAAGAGAAAAAGAGGAACAGAUCCCGCAGAUGCUUUGUUGUUGGCGUGCAAACGUAUCCGGCCUGAAGCGUCCCAAAGCUCUGGCGAAACGGUACCGGAGCCUAAUGAAGCUGAGGUGGAAAACUCCGUAUUCAAACUCGUGGCGACCGUAGCGACACAGGAUGCUCCUGUGCAGGCGCAGGUUCGACAGGCUUUGGCUCGGCCUCGCGUGGCCCACGCACUGCGCCCCUCUGCUGCCAGUUCACAGCGGAUAACUGGGGACCUACGAAGCACAAAGUGGAGCACCCGAAGGGAGGAACGCUACAGAAUAGUCUCUAGCCACCGUACCGGGCUGUCAAGUCCAGCUGAGCAGCAAAAACCCCAGACAGAUGACUCUGAGGGGGCAGAGGAAACUGGGAAAGAGGAGGACAAAUGUUGGGGUCUUGGUGAAGUCCAGGUGGUUGAACUUAUACGUGAGAAUGUAGAAGAUGAGGACAAGUCAUCUGCCAAGAUGCUAUUCACAGACCCUGAAGUAAUCCUGUGUAACAACACGAAGAUGCUGCGGGAGCAUCUGAGCAUAUCUGGAGAGAGACCUGGGGGGGAACACCGGGAGCGGGACGAUGACUACGUCUACGAUCUUUACUACCAAGAAACAGUCACACCAGGGUGGAUCCACGACAUCCUGUCUGUUAGGGCCUACACUGAUGAGGGAGAACUGGUGCCUGAACUAGUGGCUCAUGAAGAGGAGGUGUAUGAUGAUGAGGAUGAUGAAAACGAGGAAGGCAACUGGAGGAAUGACUACCCCGACGAGGAAAGUGACACAGAUAGUGACAGAGAGGAGCGCUAUGGUGGCUACUGGGAGGAGGAGCACUCGUAUAGCCGGAGGAGCUGGGGGCGCUACCAGAGAGAAGUGCUCCAUGAGCCGGGCUACCAUGGUGAAGGUGACAACGAGGAUGAUGAUGGAGACAAAUACAGUUCGGAUUGAUCUACCCCUUAACCCCCUGCCUGUCAGUGGAUCUUCCCAGUGCCCUCCCCACAGAUAACACCAUACUCAGUAGACCUCUGUGUAGCCAAGAGUGGAGGAAAACAAGAGCUAGAAUGGCACAGCAUCUAGAAACAUGCCUAAAAUAUUGUUGAAGAAAUCUUCAAAGCGUAGCAUUCAUCAGUUUCUAUGAAUUUGAUUUCCUAAUUUCAGUUAAAUCUCACUGAUAAACAUAUCGCGUUAACUAUGGUGUUGGCACCCGGUGUUUUCAGUGAGUUAAAUUUUAUAUGCCAAAGUCAUUAAUAUGUCAUUGUUGAGAAAGUGCAUACACAUAAUCUAUGCCUCUGUCUUUCCUACAUAGAUUUUGAAAGAGUAGGUGUUAUUUCCAGAAGGGUCCAAUGUUUUUUUUUUUUUUUUUUUUUUUUUAAUAGUUUUUCUGGUGUGGAGUGUAUUUGUGUGUGUGGGUGUUUGUUCGAGGUUGAUGUGUGUUAGAAAUGUGGCGCAUUAGUGUGAUAUGCCUUGUAUGCUUUUUGCUGUUAACACUUCUGUUAGUGAGAUGUCUUGGGCUGUGUGUGGUUGCAUUUUAGGGUGUUUGCAUUGUGUGUGUGUGUGUGUGUGUGUGUGUGUGUGUGUGUGUAAUUAUAAUUUGCUUAAUGUGAAAGCAUUGUUAUGGGUAUGCGAGUGUGGCUCCAAUUCCCCUCGAAGUUCAGGUUGUUUCUCUCGGAUGCUUGUGGAAUAAAAUUUUUGUAAAUAUGUAGAUGUGUAUAAAAAGCUUUCAAAA